GCCAGAGUAUGGCUGUCAUAUGUAUAUCAUAUCAUCAAUAGGGGGAACUGGGGAGAACCAUAUGAUCAUCAGGACUUUGGAGAGUUAUAAAUUAAAAAAUAAUAAUGCCUAUUGACCAGAGGCGAAUUAACGGUCCUGAGGUGUCCGUGCCCUAUCACAUUUAUUCUGAUUUAAAUGCCACGAGUGAGAAAGUAAAAUAUGAUCUUAGUGAAAGGGACGAUAAACGGACUAAUAGUGAUAUGAGAAAAAUUUUUUUAAAAACUGGUAUCGUUAGUCAAGCAAAGGGUUCCGCGUACAUAGAAAUGGGGAACACUAAAGUAAUUUGUUCGGUGUUCGAUCCUCGAGAAGUGCCAAACAAGAAUGGAUAUUGCGAGCAAGGGGAGAUUUAUUGUGAAUUCAAGUUUGCCACUUUCUCGUGUCAAAAACGAAAGAUUCAUCAGCAGAACGCAGAGGAGAAGCAGUACAGCUUGAUCUUGCAAAGAGCGUUAGAACCAGCAGUAUGCUUGAAUGAAUUUCCCAACUUUCAAGUUGACGUGUAUGCAAUGGUAUUAGAUAAUGCUGGAUCUUCGUUAGCAGCUGCGAUCAUAGCUGCUAGCACUGCCCUGGCUAACGCCGGCGUUCCUAUGUUCGGUUUAGUCACUGCUUCCACUAUAGGUGUAUACGGUGAUCGUUAUCUGAUGGAUCCAACUGAUACUGAGGAAGCUAUAUGUAACACCCGGCCAGAUAAUGAGACUGAUUUCAACCAUGGUAUCGUAACGUUAGCCAGUCUUCCGCAACAUAAUCAAGUUACCGAAGUAUUAUUAAUCGGAAGCGUCGACGUUGACUCUGUUACACAUGCGACAGAAGUAUUAACGGCAGCUAACAAAGAUAUCUGCCCUGUGCUCGAACAAUGCUUAGUUAAAACCAUUAUGAAGAUGCAUGGCUGAAUGAAAGACGUUGAGAAAUGUUUUCUAAUGAAAUGUAUAUUUCGUACAAUAAAAACACGUUCGUCAAUAA